GUGAAGCAGAUUCUGACAGCUCGAAAAUGGACAGUUUUGAGUGGCGUCCCUACACAAAAACUGUGAAAAACUGGGAAUUUUCUCAGUUUUACCCGGAGGAAGAUAUGUGUGUUCCAGUUUGUCCGAGUCUUGAUGAAGAAUUUAUCUCCUUUGCUCGAUGCAUCAAAGUUUCUGAGCUUGUUGGCAUUAAAAAAGUGGAGCAUUACUUCCCAAAUAGAGUGGCUACACAGUUUGGAAUGCUUCAGGAUGUUCCUUCUCCUGUUGACAGGAACAACCUCUCACGGGAGGCAGCUUGGAAUGAUUAUGAUAAGCCUAUUGAUGAUUUGACAUUACACAUUUCUUCCCGUUCUGCAAUACCUCGUGUUACUUCAACGUUCGGCGAAUGGUGGAGAAAGUCGUAUAUAGAAUUAAUUCAGUAUUCUUCUAAGGAGAAGGAUGCUGAUGAAUCAGCUGAAACAUUAAACAUCAUAGGUGAUGAUACUAGUUCAGGCUCAAGCAAUGAUGAAAUGACUAUAGCUGAGUAUACAAAUAAGAGACUCAAGUGCAUUGAGGAAUCUCGUGACAAGAGACGCAAGUGCAUGAAACAAGCUCGUGAAAUAGGCUCUAACGGAACAAGCAAGGAUGAAAUGAAGAUAGCUGAGGAUUCAAACAAGAGACGCAAGUAUGUGAUGCAAGAUCGUAAGAACGAUGAGAUUACUAUGGGUCUUUGUCAGAGUCUGCUACCUUCAGAAAAUGAUGUAGAAGUCCAUAGUCUCACCAUCGCUCAACCGCUGAGACUUAAUAACAAGUAUAGUGAAGGAGAUGAACCGCUGGAUUUAAACAUUCCCAUUUGCUGUAUCUGAUGAAACUCAUGGACAGGAUUGUUUGCUUCUUGAUACUGGCCUUGGAAGUGAAGAAACUAUGAAAUCCAGUGAGGGUUUAGAAAAGAGAAACGAUGGUUCUGGUGAGGGUAAUGCUGGCAAGGACUCCUACGAAGAGAGAUUUCAAAAGCUGAAGGUGCUGGCAUCGUCGCUAGAAGAGCGUAUGAAUAAGACACAAAAAACUGUGGCAUGGUUGAUAGAACGGAAAACCAUAAAAGAGAGAAAACCAGCAGCAGCUCGUUUGAUCUAGGCGUGUUCGAGGUUGUUUUGGGUAGUCAAAUGCAAGUGGGAUAUCAAAGAUCAGUCUCACCUUUGUGAUCUUUUGGUUUAUUAUCUUUUUAUUUUUCUUCUUAGUAUCUUUUGAGGACUGGUUUGCUUUUGAAGUGUUUCAUUUAUAUCUUUUGAGGACUGGUUUGCUUUUAAGUAUUUCAUUUCUAUCUUUGAACACAGUUAUGAGUUUCUUGGUGUGUUGCAG